AUGGGUGUCACUUUAUCUACACACUCCACGCUAGCUCCUCUCUCGCUAGCAAGCACUAUCAUCGGAUUUAUUUCCUUCUCUUUCACCAUUGCCACACUGCUUCGAGUCUUUUGGGGCAACAUUUCAACUGUUCUCAACGCACAUGACGAGAUACAUGACUAUCUGAGCAACCUCCGAGUCCAGUUGUAUGAAGAACGUCAGUCUUUACGAAACCUACGACGCCACAACAAAGAGUGGGGCAAGCGACGCCGUACCAGAGGCCUGCCUCUUCCUCGGCUCGACGACCUGACCAUCAGGUCCAUGCAGGAUACUCUUCGCCAUCUUACACGGAGAUUCAGAUCCCUCGAACGACCUUUCCUUGAUCAAGAUUCUGUUCCCGGCCGCCGGAGAUACCGUAAAAGCUUCUCGCCAAAUCCAAGAGAUACAUGGGAUUCGGAGAAAGGUCUUCGCAGUCAAGAAAAGGAAUGGGAUAAGGAGCUAGAUGACGAGGAAGACCCAAGAACUCAGGGUGAUGUUUAUUGCAACAUCACUCUUGGAAAACGCAUCGUUUGGCUUCGUCAAAGGUCGGAUGCGCUUGCCAUUAUUGAGGCUGUUAGUCGUCUGCAGACCAGAAGAACUGCAAGACAGGUCGGUGAGAUUGCUGUUGCACUGUAUGAAUACGGAGACACGAUAGAAGAUUUGGACGAGAGUAUGCAGGAAAUCGAGACUCGGUUCAGCAAGAUAGUCGGCAUACGGAGGGUGACCUGA